AUGAAGAACUGGAGGGAAUUGGGAGAGGUUCCGGACUCGGACGACGAGAGCUUUGAUGACGCGGAAUUCCACGAUCAUGACCAACUCGAUCAGUUUCCCGGAGUAGAGGAGCACGAGACGCAAGCGGAGGAGGUCCACACUGGACUCGACAGAGAUGGAGACAUCUGCAGCGUUCCCAGCUCCUCGCCAGACCAUGCGGCCACAUCCCGUACGAGCAACCCAGCCCAUGCGUCCCAGAUGUUGAGCCAGCCGUCUUGGCCGGCCCAAUCGACACUGAAACCAUCCGAAUGGCUAUCCACGCCGAGAACCCCGCUUCUUACCGCGAAAGGUUCGUUCCUGGAGGACGAUGUAUCGAUUGGCUAUGUCCGUCUUUCAACCCCAGGCUCACGGGCAUCUUCCCCAGCGAGUCUUCUCUCAAAGACACCCUCACUACCGAGGUCCCCGUCGUUACCUCAAACCCGCCGCGACUCGCCGCAGGAACCGGGCUUGAGACCAAUGCCAGUCGAAGGUUUGGCCGAGGAGCUGUCAAGGCAGACCGCAGUUCGACUGGAGCGGUCACUGCGACCAAGGAAGCCGAUUCAGCAGCAUCCUUAUCUUCUCGAGAAUGCAAAAUACACGAACAUCAUGAAAUCGCAUGGCGUAAAACCCAUCAAGGUCAUUUCGGAGCACCGUCCGGCACGAAGAACACUUGACGAGGAAGACUCUCAGGACCAAGGAUUCCAGCCCGAGGACAGUCAGGAGGCGAGCGUUGAAGGCCUAGGAGGAUUGGAAGAAGCGGGACCGAUUCUUUUUGAUGACGACGAGGAUGAACUGGCAAUCACGCCUUCGCUUCCAAAAACAUCCCCCUACGGCCAACAGGUGCGAACCAGCAGUCAGCAGAGCAAUGGCGACCAGACAGAUGCUACGAGCCUCUCCGACGAGGAAUUUCCGCCUCUAGAAAAACUCCGACUUGUAUCCGCAAAGAAACGGCGGCAGUCGUUGAAGCGGCAGCGCUCCCGGCUAUUGUCUUCCACGAAACGGAAACGACCUCGGACCAUACCAGACUCGUCGUCCCAACCAUCCCCACAAGGCUUAACGUUCACUCCGCCUCCGCCUGUAAACAUUUGGGAAUUGUCAUCCUCACCCUCUGGGUCCCAACGGCCGGAAGAGCUGUCGGACAAACAGGAGACCGCGCCCCAGUCGCCGACACGGAAACGCUCGAGAACCCCGAGCAUAUCUUCUCUGGGAAACACGUCGACGGCUUCGUUGCCUGACAAUGGGACGGCAGCUUCUCCAAUCGUGAUCAACGAAGAUACCCAGAGCAACCUCAGUGAGGGGGAGCUGACCGGCUCUACUGGCAGCUCUGGCAGUGACUCCGACAUGGUCCGCAAAAACAGCCGUAGGAUCCGCGGCGUUUUGCCCGCUUCAUGGCUGCGGCUAGACCAACGGCACGAUACACGAGUGGCGUGGAACGUGAAGAGAAAGACCCCAGAACAUUCGCCAGAACGGGGGGUCAGGCGCGGCGUGGCUCUACCGCGUCAACGCUCCCCGAAACCAUCUAGUACAACUCCCUUGAUAUUCUUUGACGAGGCCGAGUCAUCUGGGUCUGAAAAUGAGCCGCCGCUGAGAGAACCUGCGGCAAACCGUUCAAUGCAGCCUGGGCCGGCGGUCACUCUCAAAGAUGAAGACGACGGAGCCUCAAUUGUCGAAGAAGACACUAUCGAUUGGAUGCUCCCUGGGAGGAAGAGGGCUGGAUCACACAGCACGUCCGGAAGGGCAAAGAAGCAAAAGCGAAGCGGGACGCAGGCCGUCUUCAAGGGCCGUCCCAACUGGCAUGCUCGGCAACCCAAGAUAACCCAACUUCUCGGUCGAUCCAAACACAUCGUCUCGACACCUACGACGAAAGACUCAAUCAACAGACGACUCCAGAAGGAGCGUGGUCCUCCAGUGAGUCGUAAAUACAAGAACAGGGCAGCCACGCCACCACUCCUGAGUAUAUUGGAUGUUAUAGAACCUGAUGCCCCAAGGUUUGUCAAGAUCGCCGCACGGGCUGUGAAGCGCAAGUCGAACUUAGGCAAGGCCAGUCCAUUCAACAAGCUAAUAAGCUUGGCAACACGCAGCGACAACGUGGACGCGCUCUCCGUCCUUCGAGAUUGGAAGGCUGGGAAGAUGAAACCGAGAAUGUCUGUGCCAUUGCUAAAGCAGCUGCAAGAGCAGACAAGAAGGCCUAUGCUGCGCGAAGUAUCAAGCAACCCUGCAUCUCGGCCCCGCGAAGUUCAUCCUCAAAAACUGGUUUGGCAGAACAGGCUUGACUCAUUCGUCCUCGCGGAUCAUGCCAGGGACUUACAGGCUCAUCAAGUGCCUCCAGUUCCAAGACCACAACCAUUGAAGCCCCUCCAAGACCGUCGCCCCGAUCCACAUCCUGCGCAGUUGGAGGAGGAUGAAGACAAGGAUAAGCGACGGCAACUCAAUUCUCGAAAGCGGACCCUGGAUGCCUUCUACAGGAGAGCCCGGAAACUGCGAGGAGUGUCAACAGUCGAUACGUUGGGACAAGAGCCUGAAGUUGACUUCAAUCUUCGAGAGCGCGUGAUUCAGGAACAGGACAACGGGAUCCAUUCCGCUAUCGAAGAGACUCUCGCUUCGACCGAGGGCAAGAAACGAGGCGCCAGUUCAAGGUUUCGCAAGAGACGCCGGCCCCAAUUCGUUGACUUGGAGGCUGCGCAGUAUGCUUGCGCACACGACCCACUGCCGGCUGAUGUCUUUGGCGUCGAGGUUCAGGAGGAUCAGCAUCCUCCUACAGCCAAGACCCAAGACGACAAGCUCAACGGGCUCGGCCCAUACGGCACUCAUUAUUCCCAUCAUUUUGAGGUCUUCCCACUUGGUAGAGGAGUCUUCUUUCACGAGAGCACGGUCAUCGGACGCGGAUUCGUCCGGGACGCGGCUGAUGCCUCAUUGUCUGACCGGACUCGUCAUCAGCGGCCGACUGUGUCCUUCUCUUUCGACGGACGGACUUUAAGGUGGGGAGCCUGGGAUGACAAUACGUCGUCCCAGUUAGGCGUCCUGGUCGAUUGGAUCGCAGAGCAAGUGGUAUCCAGUACGAUCGACGACGGCAGAGGCAGAAAGGCAAUCGAAGCGGCCGACUUCAUCCUUGGGUACAUACUUCGCUCGUUAAGUGUCUCGAGCGACCUUGAGGAGAGAGCUUUCCUGUCGAGGUGCCUGGACGUUUUCUCGGCUCUCAUCGCCCGAUUCGAAUCAAUCGACUGGAGCACGUGUUCAGGCGAGACGAAGAGGACGCAGCUUGAAGUUCUAGUUCGAUUCUCCCUGGCGAUCCUGGCAGUGCGUUCAUUGAGCCAGUCAUCGAGCAGUGAUCCCCUGCAGUCCACGAGGUUUGAUGGUAUGCUCAUAAAGUCUGCUUCCACCACUAUUCGACGCCUCCUGGAGUACGGCACCGAGGAACUACAAGCCCUGUACGGAGAUUUGCAACGCCCGACAUUCAGGGAACGGGGCAUACGGUCAGACCGUUUUCUUGCGAAUUGCUGGGUUGUCACGAUGAGGGUGCUGGAAUGCGCUGCCAUCCCGAGAAGCUCCUUCUGGGACGUCACUCAGUCGGUCAUGUUCAGCCAGGGGAUCGCAUCCCCCUUGAGCGCUCAGGUGCUUGAGCGGUUUUGGCGAGACAUGUUCACUCUACUGCCGCUUUCUGAGAUCGACAACAAUGGGGUCGUCGUUUCCGGAAUGAGACACACGGCGCCCUUGGAAGGAUGGGCGCUGCCACAGCAGUUGCUGAAGCGCGUCUUCCAGUUAUACCAAGCAAACCCUCGCCAACCGCCGGGCUUCAACGAUUAUUGCCGAGCUCUGGUGGCUCGCUGCCAUUUCCUCGUCCAGCAGUGGGGAUGGUGCAGAUGCACCGGCAUCAUUGGUACCAUUUUCGACUUCUUCGGCUCGCAGAGCCUCGCGCACCUGAGGAACGAGGAAGUGUACAAGUCUCCACGCUUUCUCGAAGAACUCGACCGCCAACCAUCUUUGUCCAUCGAGCCCGAAGAUCGCUGCUUCCAUGUCUUCAUCAAACUGUUGGCCUUGGCGAUCCAGCGUUUGAGGAGCCUUGGCCGGGUCAAUGAUAUCAAGAAUUUGGUGGCCAGGACGCUCCCCAACCACAAUCGGCAGUAUCUCAAGGAAAACACGAUUCAUCAGCACGACUUGGCGGCCCUGAGGAACCAUCACGACCUCCUGUGUAUGCUGUUCUGGGUUUCGCCGCCUGAUCUCCGGCCGGCAGUUCAUCUGAUAGAGAAGCUCGUUGUCCCCGCCAGCGCUCACAAGGAAGCAUGUCUGAUCAACGUUAGAGCCUGGAAUCAGCUUGCGCGGUUUGUGAUGUCCAAUGGAGAGGGCGGGGAGGUGUUCCGACCGCUCGCUGCCUGGCGAAACAACGUCUUUAAUCAGGUCCUGGACCAGUAUCUCUCGGCUGCCUCAGACAUUGAGCAGCAGUUCCGGGCUCUGUCUAGCGAGAUAGCGGGUAUCAGCAAGCAGCUGCGGGACGAAAUGGUGGCCAAGAAUAAGGCGACUGCUCUGGAUGUGCUCCACUUCUCGGUCAAGGCGUCGCUGGACGUUUUGCAGCGCGCGCCAACACUGGAGGCGGCCUUGUAUGGUCUCAACACGACACAGCUUCAAAAGGUGUUCACCAGUCUCGACUACCAGUCUUCUGGAUUCGACUGGAGCAUCCUCCGCGUGGCGAUGGAGACGGUCGAGCACCUUAUCGGCCGAAUUGACCAGGCGUCCGAGGAGCAAUACUCCAGCGAGUUCUCCGAAAAUCCUGACGCCUCCUAUCUUGAGGAUGCUGUGCUGUUGAUGAAUGAACACUUGGCCAAGGACUUCUUUUGGCUGUGCCGUACCAUCCUCUCUCUCCCCGUGUCACAGUCUUCAAGGCAGCACAACCACCAAGUUGAGUGUGCUGAGAAGGCCGUAACCUUGGCUGCCAGGAUCGCUUCCAGGUUCAUCAAGAACAGAGUCACGAAAUUGCUGCCUUUCUUCUCUCCAGGGAAGUACGGUUUAUUUUCCGAUGUGCCAAAGCACUUGACUACACAGGAGAGGAAAUACAUUCCCCUCUUCCUCGCUGUUCUUGUCAAGGAUCACGUCUUUGAUCUCAAAGACCUCGGGAUGAACAUUCUAGGUCUUUGGAUACUCUCGGUGGUGAAACCCAUGAGGUAUCUGGGAUAUGAGAAUUACCUCGCGGAGGUGUUGAGGCAGCGCAACCUCCCAUUUCUUGAACGGGCCACAGUUGCGGUUGGGAUCCCUCCGGACUACAAUUCGAACCUCGACUACUUUGCUUGCGCCAUGCAUUACAUGCGGAAGACUCUCCGCGAGUGUGGGUCGGCACAGUCAAAAAUGCAUCGGGACGAGUUCUCCAAGACUCUGCAGCUUGCUAUGCAAAAGAUCAGAGAGGACUUGUCACUCCUGCGGCCUCAUACCACUGAACACGGGCUUUACAUCAAUUUUGUGAGGCAGGUGAUAUCGCUCAUCAAGUCCCACGGCGUCGGCAUCUGCGCAGUUGACCCAUUCUUCACCCAGCCGAGCGUGGAUUACUCGCCUCCGGUGCAAGAUCCCCAGCUCCACAUGGCCGGCAUCAUCGCGUACGGUGUCAGGCUCAGUGAGAAGGACGUCACUGCCCCCCCACAGCUCUUCCAUUACCUCUUCAACAACUUCAAGAUCGCCCUGGGCAACGACACGCUGGACCAAGAAUGCCGCAUCCUGGGCACGGCUAUGCGGAACGCCCAUGUCACGUCGUUCAUGCUGCACUUCAUGAUACCAGCCAUCAUUCAGGCGUCUGCACAGGUCCCCGACUGCUGGGCGCUGCUGGAGGUGUACACCGCUGCGCUCCGAGAGAUUCUCGAGUCGGGGUGUGCUCCGAGGGAGUUGCAAGACGACGACGUGGAGCACGCCGCGGGCGUGUUGGACGCCAUUCUGGCGUGGUUAGAAGGCCUCAGGGGCGCAGAAGCAGGAGCAACGCUCUCCCUCGCACAGCUACACGUUAUGACGCUCCUGGCAACGACUGCAAACUCACUGCAACCCAGCCUGUCGGCACACCUAUUCAACAACCACGAAGCCGACUGCAAUCCCGGGCUACAGGACGCAAUGGACAGGCUGACAGCUUUUUUCGACGAGCUGUCGUCGCAGAUAGAGGAUGUUCUGCUCUGUCGCACCGCAGACGAAGUCAUCGGCGGCGUCAGCGCCGCGACGCUGUUGGGUGGACUACGGCCCCCCUCAUCCCAAACCCUUGCCACAAACGCGAGGAACCCGCGCGUGCAAAACCUUGCAAGCACGAUCGUCGCGGACGUGCGCCGGAACUGGGUGGUCUCGGCAGACCGGGUGAUGGUGAGGAUGGCGUUGGCUUCGUCGGGGAGGGCUGGUGGGCUCUGCGGGGUGCCUAUUUUGAGCCAGGCUGCUGUGGGCAGUAGUGGCGGCGGCGCUGCUGCCUCGCUUCGUGGGGCGAGGUAUGGGCCGUGGGAAGAGAGGGGCUUGUUGGAGCGGUUGUGGGGCGCUGUUAGCAGUAGCAGGUGGGGAAUGGGAGGGGGGGGGAGAAGGGUGAGGAGGGACAGGAUGAGGGAGGCAGAGAACGAGUUGCUAUUCUAA